AUGGUACAGCUUUCGAGAGAUGUUCUGAAGCUGAGGCAACACUCUUGCUCAUCACCUGUGCCAAGUGACGGAAACAGCGAUCUAUCUCUACAGACGAACUGGACUGUGGGUCUCUUAAAAUUUUCCUAUAUGGUGCAAACAACGCCAUUCCACGGAUGGGGAAACUUCAGCCCUCGAGCUACGGCAUUGGUGGCGCCGCUUUCCACGCACUCUCUUCCUAUGUCCUCCUACUACCGCCUACGGCUACUCGACAUUGUUCUGUUUCUCCUUCGCCCUCUCCGGUGGUCUUUCUACGUUCAGGGAUCGUGUUUAUUGAUAUUUUUUGUACUUUGCUUUCUGAUACACGCCCACAGAGAUUCGUCAUUUGUUAGAGGGUUUCUACGGCAAACUCCCAAGAUCAAGGAUAACUGCAUGUUGAGAGACCGUAUACGCGAGGUAUUAUUUCCAGAUAUCGGACUAACUCUCGGACCCGCAAUGUAA